AUGCCGUCUCUAUCAACCGGUUAUGCGCCCAAUUUGGGCGUUUUUUUAAAAUCUCUCAAGUCGCAGCAACUUGAGGCUUCAAUUGAAAAUCUAAUCUCACUUUUGAAGCGACGUCAGAUCAAGAACUCCAGGCCGUGCGCGAUCGCAACUGCGCAUUUACUCCUCCGUGUCGUUGCUAGAUUCAAGUGGACCGAUGUUGGAAAACUUCUUGAGCGCAUCCAGGAGGUGGGUCAACGGCUCAUCCAAGCUCAACCAAGAGAAAUGGUGGUUGGCAAUAUUGUACGAAGGGUCUUAGGCAUGAUUCGAGAUGAGGCAAAGGAGGAUCGCAACGAAGAUGCCAGCGAUUCAGCUUCGAAUAGCCAGUUGAGCUCUCCGAAACGUCAGAGCAGCGACCUUGGACAUCUCAGAAAUGCUGGUGGGCCACCUACUGCCUUCAGCCCGCUGCGUUUCGAUUCUAAGGAUGUGGUCCAAGCCAUGGAUUCAAAUAGCGACGAUUCAUUUGGAAGCAAGUCCUCUGCCAACCAUCGCCCACCCUUAAUCACGUCGCACACCUCUUAUGCUGUGACGAACAACGUGCCCGUCCAACACUCAAUGUUCAAUUUGCUCUCGGCCAUGCCCUCACCACUCGCAACUCCCCCGGGUGUCUCCUCACCACAAGGGCGGUCUUCUGUAAACAUGUCAUCAGUUGCACAUAGAGCAGCUGCAAGUUCCAACGAUUUAAAAGCGGAAGUCAUUAGUGGAAUCGAGGAGAUUAUUGAUGAGCUCGACCAAGUCGAUGAACAGAUUGCCUCAUAUGCCCAAGAACAUAUACACUCCAAUGAAACAAUACUCACGCACUCCUCAUCAAGAAGUGUUCAAAAAUUCCUUCUGAAAGCCGCCGAAAAGCGGAAAUUUACGGUCAUUGUCGCAGAGUCCUAUCCAAAUGAUCAUGAGGCGACACACGCUGCAGUUGCAGGAAAGAGCAAGUCUUCUUUAGAUGAUUCAGACGAUAUGGACUCGGACACUUUUUUGAAACCACUACCAAAAGCUGGCAUAACUGUCAUUCAAGUCACUGAUGCAGCCAUCUUUGCUGUGAUGUCAAGAGUAAAUAAAGUCGUGCUAGCCACACACGCUGUCAUUGCGAAUGGUGGCUUGAUAGCAGCUGCUGGCGCACGCGGCAUUGCGAAGGCAGCAAGUUUUCACAAAACUCCUGUGAUUGUAGUUAGUGGUGUCUACAAACUCAGUCCAGAGUAUCCUUUUGAAUUUGAGUCAUUGAUAGAGUAUGGCGACCCAGGAAGCAUCAUCAGUUACCACGAUGGCCCUCUGGUGGAUAGUGUGGAAGUUGACAAUCCCGUGUAUGAUUAUGUCCCACCUCACCUUGUUGACCUUUAUAUCACAAAUCUAGGAGCACAUGCACCAUCUUAUCUGUACCGAAUCGUCGAGGAUCAUUACAAGGCUGAAGACACGAACUUUCACAAUCCAGAAUUCCAAUAUUAA